GUCACGGUUUUUUCAGGCGCAGUGCUGCUGUUUGAGUCGAGAAUCCACCGGAAGCUGCGGGAAACAUUGUUACACUCUUCUUUCUGCUCACCGUCUUCCUCCUUUUCUUCCUCUCUCUCUGUCUCUCUCUUUCUAUCUCCCGCUCUCUCUCUCCCUCUCUCUCCCCCUCUCUCUCUCUCUCUCUUUGUCUCCAUGCGGGUCUCUCUCCCGCUCCAGCGCGAACACCGGGCCUUCCCGUAGCCACCGCCCCGGCCUCCCUCUCCCUCCGGCCGGCGGAGCCUCCCGGCUGAGCCCCGCUGAGGUGGCCUGGUUCUCGGGGAGAGAUGCUGUAGAGCAGCCGGCGGAGGAGAUGCUUCUUCCGGACUGAGGCGAGCAGACAGCCGCGGAGGGAAGCAGGAAGAUGUCCGGCAGGAUGCCUCUGACCCCGGUGAGCGAGAGAGAGUCCGAACAGCCAAAGACUUCAGACGGCCUCCCCGAACCCCCGAUCCCACCCACUAAAUCAUCCAGCCGCCACAGUCUGCCGCCAUGUCGCAGCUCUGUGACGUCAGCCACAGACGAACAGCCGCACGUCGGCAACUACCGCCUGUUAAAGACCAUCGGCAAGGGCAACUUCGCCAAAGUCAAACUGGCCAGACACACACUGACCGGCCGAGAGGUCGCCAUCAAGAUCAUUGACAAAACUCAGCUGAACCCCACCAGUCUGCAGAAGCUCUUCAGGGAGGUCAGUGUGAUGAAGAUCCUCAACCACCCGAACAUCGUGAAGCUGUUUGAGGUGAUCGAGACAGAGAAAACUCUGUACCUGGUGAUGGAAUACGCCAGCGGAGGUGAAGUCUUUGACUACCUGGUUGCUCACGGACGAAUGAAGGAGAAGGAGGCAAGAGCCAAGUUUCGCCAGAUUGUGUCAGCAGUGGAGUACUGUCACCAGAAGAGGAUAGUACACCGAGACCUCAAGGCGGAGAACCUGCUGCUGGACGCCGACAUGAACAUUAAAAUAGCCGACUUUGGCUUCAGCAAUGAGUUCACGCUGGGCAAUAAGCUGGACACGUUCUGUGGAUCUCCUCCGUACGCUGCUCCCGAACUCUUCCAGGGGAAGAAGUACGACGGGCCGGAGGUGGACGUCUGGAGCCUGGGAGUGAUCCUGUACACGCUGGUCAGCGGCUCGCUGCCCUUCGAUGGACAGAACCUAAAGGAGCUGAGGGAGCGUGUUCUCAGAGGAAAGUACCGGAUUCCUUUCUACAUGUCGACCGACUGUGAGAACCUGCUGAAGAAACUGCUGGUGCUCAACCCGGGAAAACGAGGCAGUCUGCAGCAAAUCAUGAAGGAUCGAUGGAUGAAUGUCGGCUACGAGGACAAAGAACUGAAGUCAUACAACGAACCAGAACAAGACUUUAACGACGUCAAACGCAUCGAGCUGAUGGGGGCGAUGGGAUUCCCUCAGGAGGAAGUGAUGAAGGCGCUGGACGGUCCGAAGUACAACGAGGUGACGGCAAUAUACCUGCUGCUGGGGAGGAAACCUGCUGAGUUUGAAGGCAGUGCAUCUUUGUCCAGCAGUAACCUGCUUCAGAGGACACGACCUAGCAGCGAGCUCAACGGCUCCGGUCAGUCCCCCGCCCACCCUCGCAAUGUAUCAGCCAAUCAGAAGCAGCGGCGUUUCAGUGACCACGUGGCACCCUCUAUUCCCCCACCUGUCUCCUACACCAAGCGUUCCCACGCCAACAGUGUGGAGAGCGACAGGAAGGAAGAGCCGGCUUCACCAAUGGGAGCUCCAGACCGCAGGAGGUCAGCCACAGCCUCGGGGAGCAUAACUCGGAGGAACACAUACGUUAAUGAGAGGACGAGUACUGAGCGCCACUCGGCUGCUGUUCCCAACGGGAAGGACAGCAGUCUACCUGAGGUACCUGCAGCAUCCCCCUCCCCAUCGCCGGGAGCAACUGUCUCCUCCACGCGCCCCCGUCAUGUCAAGUCCAUGUCAGCGUCGGGACAUCCCAUGAAGUCCUGCCUGCCCCCCAUCGAUGACAACGUAGAGUAUCAGAGCUCCCCCCAGCAGCCUCCGUCGUCACCCUCAGCCUUCAGCAUCACCAGCAGCAGCAGCGCAACGCCUGACCGAACCCGUUUCCCCCGCGGUUCUUCCAGCCGCUCUACCUUCCAUGGCGCUCAGCUUAGAGACCGGCGACCCGCCACCUACAAUGGCCCGCCGGCCUCACCCAGCCUGUCGCAGCACGCCACAGGAUCGCUGGCUUCGCCACGCCGUGGCACCUCUACUUCCCUCAUCGGCAAGAUCACCUCUAAGUUUGUACGCAGGAGUUUAUCAGGUGAGCCCAAAGACGAGGGCCGGGACUCCAAGCCUCGUUCCCUGCGCUUCACCUGGAGCAUGAAGACCACGUCCUCCAUGGAGCCCGGGGACAUGAUGAAGGAGAUCCGGAGGAUCCUGGACGCCAACAACUGUGACUACGAGCAGCGCGAGCGCUACUCGCUGUUCUGCGUGCACGGCGACGCCCGGCAGGACAGUCUGGUCCAGUGGGAGAUCGAGGUGUGCAAGCUGCCCCGCCUCUCACUCAACGGCGUGCGGUUUAAAAGGAUCUCAGGCACGUCAAUCGCCUUCAAAAACAUCGCCUCCAAAGUGGCCAAUGAGCUCAGGCUGUGAACGACUUCCAGUUAUUCUGAAAAUAUCUUCAAACACUGCGAGGAGAAUAUCUCUGCUCCUCGUCUUCGCAGAAUGACGCCUCACAUAGUGAUGGCGGCCAUUUGGUGUCCAGCACUACUCCUCGCUAACUGCUGUAUGACUCAGAGAAAAUACACCUUAUUAUACUCAACACACUUACUAUUUAAUGUUAUCACUAAGUGUUUGCCAGUUAAAAACCAAAUAUUAAAGCGUGACGGCGCAGAUAUUCAGCCGGUGGUGGUCCCUGAGUGAUCCACCGACCCAGAACAGACACCUAGUGAGUGUGAGACAUUAAAAUCCGUCUGUCACUACCUACUGACUUUAUGUUGGUUUAUCACUGUUUACAUGCACUUCAGAUUUUACAAAAUCUAGGUAAGUUUGAAACACUGACAUGGAAACUUGAUAUCAGGUCGAGGGGAUUAAAGCUGAUUUGCACAGGUAUAUGUUUGGGAGGACUAAUCAGUUUGCUUAAGAAAGCCAGAAUAAGAAAGUAGCUGUAUGCAGCAAUAUGUUGGGAGAAAUAUGAACAAGCUGCAUGUAAACUGACUUAUACUAUUAUUCCAGUGCAUAUUAUCCAAUGUUUUGCUUUAACCUAAUUGCUAAUCUGGUCUAUGGAGUGCAAGUAAACAGUCAGUGAAACAUUACCUCUGCUCUACCUGUGCAGCUCUAAUGCUCCAACAGCGAGCUUAUGUAGCAUUAUGUAGCUACAAUAUUCAUCAAACAUUAACCUGCUCAUUGCUUCACGAUGGUGUAAAAUGUGUUCAAUUUGUUGCCUCAAUCUCCAAGCUAGUUUGCUUGCUAGCCAGUUAGCUUAAUUGUUCAUCUUAAACAUACAGUCUGUAAUUUCUGCCACUAGGGGGACUCUCACAUCAAAACAACAAAAGAUGAAAUUUGAUGAGGUGGUGAAGCAGCGUGGGAUCAUGGGAGUUGUUGUCUUCACCACCAUUGGUGUCAUUGCAGUCAGCUUCUCCCGGUUAGGAUUCCUUCAGUGUUCAUGGUUCAGGAGGUUUCUACCGGGAGCCCAAUGAUCCACAGAGGUCUCCUCCUCUCCAACACAAACAGACCCGCUGAUUAAAACCACUAAACACACUGAAUAAAGCAGUUCCACCUUAAACACACUGAAUAAAGCAGUUCCACCUUAACAAUCACUGCUUCUCCCACACUGUUGGACAGACAAAGGACGUCCCGGAGGGGCUGCGAGCCGAGCUGCUGCUAACGUUAGCUCAGCUUGUUUCUCUGAUUCAAAAUCAGGGAAUCAUCCGGUUCAAAUCUAGAGUUAAAAAGCACCAAAAUUUAAACAGUGGAUGGUAACAAUGUGGCUUCAGUCUGGAUCAACAGUCAAUGUGUGACAGUCUGCUGCGGUGCCAUUGCAUAAAUUCAGUGCUAAGACGUGAAGACAGCCCACUGAGGACAAGAUAUAUUUGCUCAAGUUGAAACUGUUUCAAUUUCAUUUUUUUUACUCCAAAAAAGCUGCACAGCUCCCAGUGGAGGUAAUGAGUCACGGUGUAUGAUGAACAAUCAAGUAGUGAAACAUGAUGCCUGUGACCUCUGACCUCCUGAAGCAGCGAGCCCUUUUACUCCCCCUGCUGGCUGAUGUUGAUAUUGCAAUAAUACUGGAGCUCUUGGGAAUGAUGUCAGUACUCAACAACUGUUUCAGGUGGUUCAAACACAAACUGUAAAGCUCCUUAAAUCUUUUUACACAUUUACAGCUGACAGAACCGAAUGUGUUUUUAUUUUAUUCUUUGCUGACUUAUUGUUGCGGUAUGAAACGAUAUCUGUCCAGGUGAAUCUGUGCAGGUAUAGUAUAGAUUAGUUUGUGUACAGUUUUUAUUUGGUCUACACUGUGUACAUUCUUUGUUUGUUUUCCCCUACUGGAAUUUAUUUUUGUCUUAUUUCUCAAAACUUUUAGCAGUGAGAUAAAACCAGAGCUGCAACUUGUGUUUUUUUUUAUUUCCUGUCACAUUCAAACUUAAAGGACCAGUCUGGUGUUUUUCUAUCUUUAUCACUACCAUCCCUGUGCUUAUCUGUAACUCCAAGCCCACUGGUUCCUACAGAGGACACAUCUUUAAAAAACAUCUCACAGACAUAAAGUCAUUUUUUUCUACGUCUCUCAAACAUGAAGAAAUAGUGCAUUUGUUUGGGACUAUUUUCAGUGACGGAUGAAUCUACAUUUGGUCCUCUGGUACGGUGACCAGGCGUCCCAGUUUGGGUGUUCCCAGUCCCAACAAAAAUCACUACAAUGAGAUUUAUACAAACAAAUAGUUUGGAGUAAAGCAGCCAUCAGUUGGCAGCAGAAAUGAAUGAAUAUGUCUCAUUGAUCUGUUUCUGACACAAUGGGGCUCUGUGGCACUGAGGAAGGAGAUGUAUCAGGCUUCCGUACACACUACCUGUUAGUCCACUGUUAGUUUGAGUCUCAAGAAGAGAAAUAUAGAAAAUCACCAGACUUUCCCUUUAAAAUUGCCCUUUGAGCCUGUUUGUUGUUUCCUCAACCUCAACCACUCAAUGCCUUCUCAGUGUACUGCUUUGUAUUUCUGGUGCCAGAGGAAAUGAGCAGUUUGUGGUUUUUCUUUUUCUGUAUAUUUUGACUUGUGUUCCCACUAAUUUUUGGCUGUACAUCAGUAGAGCAUCUCACCAGCUCUGCUCUAAUAGUGUCGAGGUCCCAAGGGUUCACCGUGCAAUGGUUCUCCAUCGUUACUGAAACCCGAGAACGCUUUGUACUGUAUGUUGUAGCACUUAAAACCAGGAAGGGAACAAACAAUGCAAACGUUUCCCCUCUGGCGGAGACAAAUGAGAGAGGUCACCCCAAAUUCCACCGGGCGCAGCUGUCUUUGAUGUCGCAUUUAAAAUUUGAGGUUUUGUGUUUUGUUUGUUUUUACAUUGUGAUCUAUUUUGCGACCCACCCUCGUCGAGCAGCACCGAGCAGAUCACGACGUAGAGGUUCCGCUCAAUUUUUAACAUAAAAUCCUCCGUGCAGACUGCACAAGUCGAUGCUGCUGGGCAGGAAGACGCUCUGAAGACGCUUCGCUCCUCAAAUGCUCUCGCUGGGGUCCACGUCAUAAAGCCGCACCCGGUGGAAUUUCUGGUUUAGAAGGUGUGAAUAUUGGCGUUGCCUUCAUGUCCCGAGGGAAAGACUGUAAAUCUGAGCCUCUUACUUGAAAAUAGCCUUCACCUCAGCUCUCAGAUAGAAACUUGUACCAGGUGACUGACCCCGAUGCGUCACCAACAAGAAAGUAGCAGAAGUCCAGUGUAGCCAUGACGGAUUCAUUUUAAAUAAAAAUCACACAAAUUAAA